GGAUAUGUUUUGAAUCGGAGCGCUGAACAUUUUAAUAGAUUGUCCGCAGAUUGUGGAUAAACUCGACGUUCAGGUCGGUUAUAAAUGUGACAGAAACGAAGAGCUGCUGUUUGUCUGCAGGCAGUCUGACAGUGUUUGGACGCACAGAGCCGUACACUCAUAUACAGCUCUGAGGGAGGACGCUGGAGUUUUUUUAAUGAAUCAGCACGGAGGACAACAAGUCGUCGAAAUAAAACCGUCGGUGUUGUUCUAAACCGCUAAUCGGACGUUUUGGUCGGUGACUGUUCGAAGCCUCUUCCAUGACUGAGCGGGAGGUAGAAAGUGUUCCCGGCGGCUCCUCCGCCCUCAGCAGAGGGACCACAGCGCCUCCUGCCCGCCACAGCGUCCUGCUCAGCCCGCCUCCGCCCGGAAGACUGACGUCCCUCCGAACCAGGGACCUGACGUUGGGAGCGGCUCUGAAGAAACCAAAGAAAACAUUCGAGCCAAACGUCCACGCUGUGAGGAAAAGCAAAGACGAUUGCUCCAAAAAGGAGAGGAGACAGAGGGAAGGAAAGAGGAGAGAGUGCAGAGGGAGGAGGAGAGAGCGUCCUCAGAUCAUCCAGUCUCACUCCAUCUUUGAACAGGCUCCUGAGAACACCACAUGGAAGACAGGAUGGCGAGGUGCUGCAGAUCUUCAGGUGACCACAGCCUCACCUGCAUGCAGACCGACAAAGGACGAGAGGAAAGACUCCAAGGAGGAUGAAGAAGAGAUACUCAGCAAGAUCCAGUGUGACGACUUUAUCGAUGAUCUGGGUCUGACAAACGAUGCCAAACUGAGACCGAUUCUGCUGCCUCUGUGUCAGUCCACCAAUGUGAUGAAGAAGGAAUCACUGAUCAACACCUUGAGUACGGGACAUAUGUCUGGCUUCAGAACAGCACCCUGUGGAGCUCGGGGUCCAACAUCUAAAGUCCAGGGGCCAGAGCAGCCUUCACUGGUGGAGGUUCUGCGAGCUCUCAGGCUGUCGGGUCAGGAGGACCUGUUCUUCAUGCAGCUGCCUGACUGUAUGCCAGGCGGAGCGCCGGGGUGUCCACUCAAAGCCGGGGUCAGCCCGACAGCAGGAGGCGCCACCAGCAAGUUAGACAAGAGGCUGAAAGCUGCUGUGAACCAACAAACACCUACGGGUCCUGGAGUCAAGGACACUUCCAUGGUGCUGUCAGAUAUUCCAGAAGGAUUUCUGGGAAAACUCCAGAUCAGGAAGUCAGGCAAGAUGCAGCUGAAACUGGGUGAUAUUGUCAUGGACGUCUCUGAGGGAGCGGCGUUCUCCUUCCUUCAGCAGUUGGUUUCAGUGCGUCUGUCCGACGCUCGGACUGGAGACAUGAUGGUGUUGGGGAACGUCCACCGCAAGCUGGUCCUGUCUCCGGACUUCCAGGUUUUACUCCAAGAAGCUGUCACAGAAGGAGCCAGAUGAAAAUUUUCAGCAGAGGACAGAGGGACACGUCGAGCCCCACCUACUGUCUCAUUCCUGUUUUCAUGUGUCCAUGCACGCAGCUGUUUU